UACGCACUCUGUCUUGUUGUUCCGUCUUGCCUCUUGCUCAGUCAGACCCAAUGGCCACCGAACUCACUCCCUCCAAGCAGGCUGCUUCUGCCAUUGACUCGUUCAAGAUUGAGUCCCCCGUCAAGAAGAUCAACUUCAACCCUGCCGACAAGGAGAAUCAGCCUCUCGACGAGUCUGCUCUCGAGAGCCUAGCCAAGGAGAUGGACAACCACAAGCCCGCCGAGACCGUCAAGAAGGUCGAGAAGGAGGCGGCCAAGCCCGCCGUGGCUCCCACAAUCAAGCCUGAGGAGAUUGACGAGCCCAUUCUGCAAGAGAACCCUCAGCGCUUCGUCUUGUUCCCCAUCAAGUACCACGAGAUCUGGCAAAUGUACAAAAAGGCCGAGGCUUCCUUCUGGACCGCCGAAGAGAUUGACCUGUCCAAGGACCUGCACGACUGGAAUAACCGCCUGAACGAUGACGAGAAGUACUUCAUCUCUCACAUCCUGGCCUUCUUCGCCGCCUCGGACGGCAUUGUCAACGAGAACCUGGUCGAGCGCUUCAGCGGCGAGGUCCAGAUCCCCGAGGCUCGCUGCUUCUACGGCUUCCAGAUCAUGAUGGAGAACAUCCACUCCGAGACGUACUCCCUGCUCAUCGACACUUACAUCAAGGAGCACAGCCAGCGCAACUACCUCUUCAACGCCAUUGAGACCAUUCCUUGCAUUCGCAAGAAGGCCGACUGGGCGAUUCGAUGGAUCCAGGACAAGAACUCGUCCUUUGCCCAGCGCCUUGUUGCCUUUGCCGCUGUCGAGGGCAUCUUCUUCAGCGGUGCCUUUGCCUCCAUCUUCUGGCUCAAGAAGCGAGGUCUCAUGCCCGGCCUGACCUUUUCCAACGAGCUCAUCUCUCGUGACGAGGGUCUGCACACGGACUUUGCCUGCCUGCUGCACUCUCACCUGAAGAACCGCGCCAGCAAGGAGGUGAUUCGUGACAUCAUCACCGACGCCGUCCGCAUCGAGCAGGAGUUUUUGACCGAGGCUCUGCCUUGCGCCCUGCUGGGCAUGAACUCCAACCUCAUGAAGCAGUACAUUGAGUUUGUUGCCGACCGCCUGCUGGUUGCCCUCGGCAAUGAGAAGGUGUACAAGUCGUCCAACCCCUUUGACUUUAUGGAGAACAUUUCCCUGGGCGGCAAGACCAACUUCUUCGAGAAGCGCGUCGCCGACUACCAGAAGGCCGGUGUCAUGAACAGCACCAAGAAGGUCGUCGACGACAGCUCAGCCGAUGCCAAGGACUCCAACGGCGGUGACUUUUCCUUUGACGAUGACUUUUGA